CCCUCACCUUCCUUCCAUUCGACUCCACACUCCACUCGCCUUUUUAGAGAGAGAAACCCCGGCUGCCCCCCGGCGAGGUAGAGAGAGAAACCAAGGCCAAGGAGCACCGCCCCCCUGUUCGUCCCCAGCAGGAGAGGGAGAUAGAGAGAGAGAGAGAGAAGGCUGUGGGAAGGAAAGAAGAGGCGGUGGGAAAGGAGUGCGACAUGGAGAGGCCGGCGCCGGUGAGGAAGUCCCACACGUCGACGGCGGACCUGCUGAUCUGGCCGGAGGGGGCGCCGCAGGAGGCUCCUGCCGGGGCCACGCCGCCGUCCAACCGCCGGCCGCACCAGCCGUCGGAGGCGCUCAAGAAGGUGGUGUUCGGCGGGCAAGUGACGGAGGAGGAGGCCGAGAGCCUCAACAAGAGGAAACCAUGCUCUGCUCCCAAGUGGAAGGAGAUGACAGGAAGCGGCAUAUUUGCAGCUGGGGGCGAGGCUGAAGAAGAUGAAUCUGCCAAUGCCUCUGCAACUCCCAUCCGAACAGCUCCAAAGAAUUAUCAGGCAAUUAGUACUAUAAGCCACAUUUCAUUUGCUGAGGAAGAAAGCAUUUCUCCAAAGAAGCCGACUUCGAUAGCAGAGGUGGCAAAGCAGCGUGAGCUAAGUGGCACACUUCUGAGCGAGGAUGACAGCAAGAUGAAGAGGCAGAUAUCCGACCUGAAAUCCAAGGAGCUUAGCGGCCAUGACAUCUUUGCUCCUCCGGAAGAUCCACGGCCUCGCAACUCGGAGAACGGCUCAACCUCGCAGACUCCGGGCAAAAACGCAUAUGUAAGCAAUAUCAAAUUUGGCGAGGCUGACGAGGACAGCGUGGUGAAGACCGCGAAGAAGAUCCCCACCAAGAAAUUCACCGACCUCGCGGGCAAUAUCUUUAAGGGCGACGAGACCCCUGGGGCGGCGGAGAAGCACCUGAGCACGGCGAAGCUGAAGGAGAUGACAGGCAGCGACAUCUUUGCGGACGGGAAGGCCCCCUCCCGGGACUACCUGGGCGGGAUCCGCAAGCCGCCCGGUGGGGAGAGCAGCAUUGCGCUGGUUUAACAGCAGCAGCUGCAGCAACAACAAUCUGAUGGACAUAGCAGCCCCUACAUCAUUUGUUUCUUCCUCCUCGCCGUCGCCGUCCUAGGAGUGAUCUUUUCUUAUAUUAGGGAGUCUUUUUGGUUUUUUAUCCUUUCCUUGGAGGACUGAUCGAUUGGAACCCCCGGUUUGCUUUCCUGUUUCCCGUGACUUGCGCCAGGUUUUCGUUGUUAAUCCCCUCUGAUGGUGGUGUUGUGUGGGUAUGACAACAACGAUGGUUAUCUCUAAUUUAACAUUGAUUUGGCUUGCCUCUUGUUA